CCGUUCUCCGUGGGCUUCCGGCGCACGCUGGUCGGCCGUAGCCGACUGUGCCAGAGCUCGGGGUUCCGCUGCCGUUUCUCCAGCCGGUGUACCGAGUUCAGCUGUCGCCAUGGGGAUCCUGGAGAAGAUCUCCGAGAUCGAGAAGGAGAUCGCCCGCACCCAGAAGAAUAAGGCCACCGAGUACCACCUUGGUCUGCUGAAGGCCAAACUUGCCAAGUAUCGGGCCCAGCUCCUGGAACCAUCCAAAUCGUCCUCGUCCAAAGGAGAGGGCUUUGAUGUCAUGAAGUCAGGCGAUGCCCGUGUGGCACUGAUUGGAUUUCCCUCUGUGGGUAAGUCCACCUUCUUAAGUCUGAUGACCUCCACUGCCAGCGAGGCUGCAUCCUAUGAAUUCACAACUCUGACCUGCAUCCCUGGGGUCAUUGAAUACAAAGGUGCCAACAUCCAGCUCCUGGACCUCCCUGGAAUCAUCGAAGGCGCGGCACAAGGGAAAGGCCGUGGCCGGCAGGUGAUCGCUGUGGCCCGCACAGCUGAUGUCGUCAUCAUGAUGCUGGACGCCACCAAGGGCGAGGUUCAGAGGUCUCUGCUGGAGAAGGAGCUGGAGUCAGUGGGCAUCCGCCUCAACAAGCACAAGCCUAACAUCUAUUUCAAGCCCAAGAAAGGAGGCGGCAUCUCCUUCAACUCCACGGUCACGCUGACCCAGUGCUCAGAGAAGCUGGUGCAGUUGAUCCUGCAUGAAUACAAGAUCUUCAAUGCCGAGGUGCUCUUCCGAGAAGACUGCUCCCCAGACGAGUUCAUAGACGUGAUCGUGGGCAACCGCGUGUACAUGCCGUGCUUGUAUGUCUAUAACAAGAUUGACCAGAUCUCGAUGGAGGAAGUGGACCGCCUGGCCCGGAAACCCGACAGCGUGGUCAUCAGCUGCGGCAUGAAGCUGAACCUGGACUAUCUGCUGGAGAUGCUGUGGGAGUACCUGGCCCUGACCUGCAUCUACACCAAGAAGAGAGGCCAGAGGCCGGACUUCACGGACGCCAUCAUUCUCCGGAAGGGGGCCUCUGUGGAGCAUGUGUGCCACCGCAUCCACCGGUCACUCGCCAGCCAGUUCAAGUACGCGCUUGUGUGGGGCACCAGCACCAAGUAUAGCCCGCAGCGGGUGGGCCUGACACACACCAUGGAGCACGAGGACGUCAUCCAGAUUGUCAAGAAGUAGCACCCCCCUACCCCCACCCGUGGGACUCACUAGAGCCCAAACCAGCAGAAUACACACACCCUGGGAAGGGGGCUCAUGUCUGCUGUUUCCGCAUUUCUUCAGUGGGCAGAUGAUAAGGAACUCGCUGGGUGGAGGAUGAGGUUGGGUGGACUGGGCUGGGGUGUUUCCUGUGAGAUGGGCCCCGAAGGGGUCCUGAAUGUGGGUCCCUGGGCCUGUGCCCACCCCGCUCCUGGUGCAGAGGGAGGUGGUUGCCCAGCCCCACCCCGCUGGGGCCUGUGCAGAAGCUGGCUCCAUGCUGGUCGGGGACCCAGGCCUGUUUGUGUCCUGGGGGCCUCUCAGCUCCUGCUAGCUUCUCUGGUUCUCAGGGAGGGGGCCGCCCCAGACAAAUACCCAUCCCCACUGCAAACCCACCCAGGACUGCCCUGUGAUAAAAACCAGAGAUCUGGGGCUUUAAAGGCACAGUUCAUACCCUCCACGGCCUGACCAGUCCAGAAGGGUAACCCCUUCUCAGGGCAGCCCCUGCCCAGCACAAAACCCAGGACCCAGCCUGGUUCAUACCCCUAAGGUGGGGAGUUUGGAGUCUGGACUCUUUUCUCUCUGAACCCCAUUCCCUCCCCAAAUCUUGGCUCUCCUUCCUGAAAUAAAAAGGUAACCAUGACUCCUGUUUACUAGGACAA